GUCUCUGUCUCUCUUUCUCUAUACUCUCAAUUCUCAGUUUCUUGAUUAAUCCAACAACAUUAAUUUUGUACAAUUUGACUCCAUUGAGUAAUCAUUAAUUAUUCUUCAAAACGAUGGGAAGAUCACCAUGUUUGGAUAAGAAAAUUGGGCUCAAGAAAGGUCCAUGGACACCAGAGGAAGAUCAAAAGCUCAUUGAUUAUAUCAAUAAACAUGGUUAUGGAAACUGGAGAACUCUUCCCAAGAAUGCUGGGUUAGAGAGAUGUGGUAAGAGUUGUCGUCUCCGGUGGACUAAUUAUCUCCGACCAGAUAUAAAACGAGGAAGGUUCUCAUUUGAAGAAGAAGAAAUCAUUAUUCAACUUCACAGCAUCAUGGGAAACAAGUGGUCUGCAAUUGCGGCUAGAUUGCCAGGAAGAACAGACAACGAGAUCAAAAACUAUUGGAACACUCAUAUCAGAAAAAGACUUCUAAAGUUAGGAAUCGAUCCGGUAACACAUAGUCCACGUCUUGAUCUUCUGGAUAUCUCCUCCAUUCUCAGCUCAUCUGUCUACAAUUCUUCUCAUCAUCAUCAACAAAACAUGUUGAGGCUUAUGAUGGGUGAUGGGCAUCAUCAUCAUCAGCCAUUAGUCAACCCGGAGAUACUCAAGCUCGCAACGUCUCUCUUUUCAAAUUCUCAACAACAAUGCAAGAAUCAGAACAACCCCACCAAUACACACGAGGUUAACCAACCCGAAGUAAACCAAUACCAAACCGCCUACAAUAUUAUUGGUAAUCAAGAAUUACAAUCUUGCUUCCCUAGCAUGGAUCAAUUUGCAGAGUUUCAAGACCCCAUGCCAACGACGACGUUUCCAGAUUCAGUGCAUUCGCUCCCAUUGAACCAGGACUAUGAUUAUUCGACAUCUAACUUCGCGUUAGAACCUUUUUACUCUGACUUUGCUUCGGUCUUGGCCACACCCUCUUCGAGCCCGACUCCAUUAGACUCAAGCUCCACAACUUACAUCAAUAGUAGCACUUGCAGCACCGAGGAUGAAAAAGAGAGUUAUUGCAAUAAUAACUUCAUGAAUAGUUCUGAAAUAGGUCCUGAUUAUUCGUUUGAUGUUAAUGGUUUUCUGCAAUUCUAAGAAACACAUUAAAGACCCAUGGGAUAGAGUUAUUUAAUACUAUUGUAUUCAAUAUAUAGAUUUUGUUACAUAUGUAAGAUACUAUUUCUUAUU